GAGCUGAACGGUUUGGCAAACUUUUCUUCAUAUCUACUGGCUGGUCUGAGCUGGGCUCUCGUGUUUCUGAGGAAGAGGAGGAGGAGGAGGGCGGGCUCUGCUGGAGCAGGAAUGCGCCCUGGGGUCUCCCUCACUCCGGCAGCUCUGUGUGAGAUGGACCGCUGGUUCUGUGUGUGUGUUCUGCUGCUCGGGCUGCAGCUCGGAUCUUCUCGCGCUUACGACGGAUCAGGAUACUGGCCCUAUACUGACGAUGAGGACAUACGAUACACAGGUGUACCGUGGUGUGCUCCGGUUAAGGUAAAGCACGGGCAAGCGAGGUGCCAGACACCACACAGGGAGCGCUAUGAGAACGUCCUGGGAACCCGAUGCAAGAUCCAGUGCAAGAGAGGCUACGAGCUGCAGGGCAGCAGUGAGAUUCUGUGUAUGGCCACUAAACUGUGGUCGGGAAAAUUUACCUGCAGAGAGAUCCGCUGUCCCAAACUGCCGAUGCCAUCAAACGGUGGAUAUAAGUGUACAGACGGCUCUUACUACAACUCCCGCUGCCAGUUCUUCUGCUCACCGGGUUACACUCUGCGUGGAGAUCGCAGUGCCACUUGUCAAUACAGCAAGACUUGGAGCGGCGGGCGGAGUACAUGUCUUGACGUAGAUCCUCCAACUAUUAAGUGUCCAAGUGUGAAGGAGAAAACUGCAGAACCUGGAAAACUAACAGCAAAAGUGACCUGGGAUACACCAGAGGGCAAAGAUACAGCGGAUGGCAUACUCACCGAUGUGGAUCUAAAGGGGAAGCCUCCAGGCACACACUUUCCAGAAGGAAACCAUAAACAGUCUUACACUGUUUAUGACCGGGCCGGAAAUAAAGCUUCCUGUAGAUUCAACGUCAGAGUGAUAGUACGCCGCUGCACCCCACUCUCAGUCCCUGAAAACGGCUGGAUGAAGUGUGACGCUGCUGGUGAUAACUAUGGUGCUACGUGUCAGUUCCGCUGUCUGGGAGGUCACGAGCUGAGGGGCAGUGCUGCUCGAGUUUGCCAGUUUAAUAUGGAAUGGUCUGGUAUUGAGACGAGCUGUGCACCUCUGAAUAUUAAUGUGGGAGUAAGAUCUGCAGCUGCAUUACUGGAUCAGUUUUAUGAGAAACGGCGCCUCCUGAUAAUCUCCGCCCCCACAGCCGCCAAUCAUUACUACAGAUUUCAGAUGACUAAUUUACAGCAUGCACAGUGUGGUCUGGACCUAAGACACGUGACUGUGAUUGAGAUCGUGGGGACGUAUCCAUCUCAGAUCGGACGCAUCAGACACCGACUCAUUCCUCCAGGACUGGCCCUACAACUCAGAUUGCUGCUGCAGCUGUCCCAGAAUUCAUUUAACCUGUUGCUGUUGGAUAAGCAGGGAGUGGACAAGCAUCGUUACACUUAUCCAAUCACAUCAGCCGAAAUUUUCAGCCUUAUUGAUGUGUUUCCCUUACGCACUGAAGAAGCCAUCCUUCAGAAAGAAGCAGGACACAGCUGCUAGAGACACACACACACACCAACACACACACCAAUAUAUACACCAACACACUCCAACACACACCUCCAUACACCCCCAUCCUUCAUCUGUUCCUACUUGGAUUAAAGCUAACCAAACCAUAGAGAGAGAGAGAGACAGGAUUCAGCUGCUUCACACACACACACACACACACACACACACACACACACACACACACACACACACACACACACACACACACCAGAUUAUUUUGUAUUUGUCUUUUUUUUUUUUUUUUUUAGUCAUAUUUAAUCUGUCAGAAUGGAUCGACAAUCAAAUCUUAAUUGGUUUAUUUGGGUCUUUAUUAAAAAAAAAAAUCUCAAAUACUAUGUGUACUUUAUGUGAUGUUACUGAACCUUUAUAUGAAUUUUAUAUUAAUGGUUAUGGUAAACAAAUGUACAGCCAGAAUAUUUUGAAUUAAUUAUAUUGAAAGGCAACACAUUUUAUUAUGAAUAUGUUUUUUUUAAGUCAUCUAUAGUCAUGUGUAUAUGCACUAAUUUAUACUGCUAUAAACACACUGACCUGAUUUCUUUUAUGUCAGUGAAGUACAACCUAAUAAAAUGCACUUUCAACAUUAUAA